AUGGUUGGUGUACCCCGGAGUAGCGGGUGUGCACUCUGUGUGAAACGUCGAGUCAAAUGUGACGAGAGAACCCCAGGUUGCGCCAAAUGCGAAACCUAUGGAAAGCCGUGUCCGGGAUAUGAUCGAGCUUUCAAAUUCGUGGCAGGAAAGCCGCAUCGUGGCCGACGUCAACCCGGUUCCAGUUCCGGCAAGGCAGAUGAACGCUCAAAGAGUGCUAGAACCAGCGUCAUAGUCCCUGUUCAAUCAGCCUAUCAAUUUCUGAUCCAGCGAGAGAGUCCGUCUUCAAUGGUGUCUGCGGACCUCAAUGUCUUUCAGCACCUUUGUAUUUUGAUCGACGAUUUUUCCCAACCUGUGUCGGCAAACCGAACCCAUUCAGUGUCUCGGUGGUUUGGUUUUCUUCCUUCCAUCUAUGGCCAGAGCCGGACAUUGGAUGCGACAAUCAAGUCAUUCACUGCACAUCACAUUGGCCGUAUCACUCAAAAUAAACAGAUGGUGUUGUAUGCUCAAACCGCCUAUGGAGAAGCUCUGUGUAUACUUCGAAAGUCGCUGCAAAACCCCUCAGAGCGUCUUUCGUCACAUGUAUUUUGUGCAGUUGUCUUGUUGUGCAUAUACGAGCUAUUCACAGACACUGAGGAUCCACAAUCGUGGAUGAAACAUGUCAAAGGAUUAAGUCAAUUGGUGCAAAUUCGAGGCCCUGGCCGUUACCGAAGCGAACUGGACAUCACCCUUCUCAAAGCCUCUCGGGGUUUAAUUGUAAUGCACUCCAUGUUCUCGGGCGAGGCGUGUUUCUUAGCUUCCGAUGAGUGGCACAGGAUCAUGCAACAACGCUUCUCUACAAGCCUCCCCACCGAGUCAUAUCGCAGUAUCGAGCAGUUUUUUGCACACUUCACACAGGCCCCGAGUCUUGUGCACAAGUUUUACAGCCUAAAGGACAUGGAACCCACAAGCCCUGAGGCCCUACAGAUGACCUCGGAGCUUCUUUCAAAAACUCUCGAGGUACAGCAUGAUUUGGCUGUAUGGUAUGAGGGGUUUUCUCGGCUGGCUCCACGGCCUGUUGAGGCCAUCUCUUCCACUGGCGACGAUCUAUAUCCCAUUGUACUCUUGUACUCCGACGUGGGCUUUGCAACCAUUUUCUGCAGCUACUACGCUUACAAGGUGAUCAUCCACGAGAUACUCAAGACAUGCAUUUACCCUGGCCAGCAUGAAGCCACGACAAUCUACUUUCGGGAUCAAAUAUGCAGGUCGAUCGAGUACAAUGGCAUCGGUAUACUCGGGCCCUAUCGAAUGGGCUUUCCCCUGCGUGUGGCAUUCGAAGUCGCCGAUCCGGUGACAAGGUCGUGGAUCUUGGGCCACCUGGAGCGCUUUUCGAAAAUCUAUGCAGCAGCUCAGUCAAAGGACUACCAGCCCAUUUCGUGA